CCAGCUCUGAGACAUCUGCUCCACCGCUAACAACGGAGCGCGUCCCCGCGUCUCAGACCUGCGACCGAUCCCGUCUCCAGUGGGCCCCCCCUUCUCCUCCCGGCUCCCCCACUUCCCCCAGAUUUGUGUGAUCUCCACGUUAUUUGGGUUGAAUUAUCGGAAGAUCAUGAAGACCCCGGCUGCCCGGUUCCUCCACUCUGCGCGGCUGUAGUUGCGUGCGGCCGGAGCGCGUCCCUCUCUCUCUCUCUCUCUCUGUGUCUCUCUCUCUCUCUCUCUCCAUCCCUCCUCCGCGUCCGAGGCGAGAACCAGCGACCGAGCGGCCCCGGUGCCAUUGAGCAGCACAUUUCUUUUUGUCUGUGCCCUCCGCAGGCUGUGGGCUGUGCGGCUUUGCAUCCUCUCCUCUGCUCGCCACAAUAGGAGAGGGCAACCAAGGGCGAAUGAGAAAGAAAAAAACCACAAGAUCUCCAUUUCUGAUGUUUGAAAACAUUUGAACUGUCGGACAUCUGGGUUUUGGCAUCGUUUUUCCAGACGCCUUUCUCUCUCUGAUAACAUGGAGUCGGUGGAGAAGGAGUGUGGAGCGCUGGGUGGAUUAUUCCAGGCCAUCGUGAACGACAUGAAGAGCUCCUACCCUGUAUGGGAAGACUUCAGUGCCAAGGCCACAAAACUGCACUCUCAACUCAGGACCACAAUUCUGGCAGCAGUGGCCUUUCUAGAUGCCUUUCAGAAGGUGGCAGACAUGGCUACCAACUCCAGAGGUGCCACCAGGGACAUUGGCUCAGCUCUGACGAGGAUGUGCAUGCGACACCGCAGCAUUGAGACAAAAUUACGCCAUUUCACCAACGCUCUUAUGGAAGGACUCGUUACGCCGCUGCAGGACAGGAUAGAGGAAUGGAAGAAGACAGCUAAUCAGCUCGACAAAGACCAUGCCAAAGAAUACAAGCGGUCUCGUCAGGAAAUCAAACGGAAGUCGUCGGACACCAUGAAACUGCAGAAAAAAGCCAGAAAAGAGCUCCUAGGUCGGGGUAACCUGCGCCCCCAGCUGGACAGUGCCAUGCAGGACGUGAGUGACUUGUACCUGCUGAUGGAGGAGACCGAGAGGCAGGCGGUGCGCAGAGCCCUCCUGGAAGAGAGGGGGCGCUACUGCACAUUCAUCAACCUACUGUCGCCUGUGGUGAAUGGGGAGAUUGCCAUGCUGGGAGAGGUAACACACUUGCAGGCCAUCGUUGAUGACCUCACUGUGCUGACUGAAGACCCGCACAAGCUGCCUCCAGCCAGCGAGCAGGUGAUCCGGGACCUGAAGGGCUCCGACUACAGCUGGUCCUACCAGACGCCGCCCUCCUCCCCCAGCAGUACUGGAUCCAGGAAGAGCAGCAUGUGCAGUCUUCUCCAGAUGCCCUCUGCCGGCGCCCAUCGUCUCAGCAGCGUCUCCUCGCAUGACUCAGGCUUCAUCUCCCAGGAUGCCAACACACACUCCAAGCCCCCCUCACCCAUGCCAUCUGACAUCACCAGCCAGAAAUCAACAAGCUCAGCCUCCUCUGAGGCAUCAGAAACCUGCCAGUCUGUCAGCGAGUGCAGCUCUCCCACAGCGUUUGGCUCAUGCUCAUCCUUCGGUACCUUCCGCCCUGCUUUCUCUCACACUGGCACCAUCAGGCCUCUCUCUGUCAUACUUCCUGCGUCCCCCACAUUUAACCACUCCCCUGGAUCCAACACCCCCUCACCCACAUCAAAGGUUCCUAGCUGGAAGGACUGGGCCAAAUCGAGUUCCUAUGAGCCGUCAUUGGCCACCACUCUGCAGCGUAGACGGGAAUCUCUUGACAGGAUGAGAGAACAGGAGGCUCCACCCAGCCCACAGGGGUAUUCUGGGAUGCAUCCGGAUGAUCCACAUCGGUCCAGGAUUGCCCCGGGAGCCAUUGCAGCCAAACAUGGUGAGCCCCUCUCUCCUGCAGCCAGCACACUGGCCAUGGUUUUGACCCGCGGUCUGAGUAUGGAGCAGCAGAAGAGCAGCAGAGAUUCACUGCAGUACUCCAGUGGCUACAGCACCCAGACCAACACCCCAUCCUGCUCCGAGGACACCAUCCCCUCACAAGGUUCUGAUUAUGAGUGCUACUCUCUCAACGGAGACGCUGACAGCGAAGGGCAGGCAGACUUCGACAAGUCCUCCACGAUCCCACGCCACAGCAACAUCGCCCAGAACUACCGCCGCAUGAUCCAAACCAAGAGGCCUGCUAGCACCGCAGGCCUGCCUGCUGGUAAGACUCCUCAGGGAACUACAAAUGGCGCAGGGGGAGGAGGCUCAGGAGCCAUUGCCUCUGGGACUGCGACCAUUCGCCGGACACCAUCCUCCAAAACGGGGGUGAGACGCACCCCAUCUACAUCUGGCCCCAUCCCCAUCCGCCCCCCCAUUGUUCCAGUUAAGACCCCCACAGUCCCAGAUUCUCCGGGGUACAGCCCGGCCCAGCAGUGCUCAGGCAGUGAGGAGUUUCUGUACGGCGACGACAUGACAACUGGUGACUACAUGAGGGCUUCUCCCAAGCGGCUGAGCCUGCCUGACACGGCUUGGGGCUCCGACAGGACCGUUUAUGCUGAGCAGCCCCCUGGCAUGGCUGCCCACGCUCCUGAGGAAGACCCUCUGCUCGCUGCCAACCGCCAUAGCCUGGUGGAGAAGAUAGGGGAGCUGGCAGCCAGUGCCCAUGCUCUGGGUGAGGGUCAGUUCCCCUUCCCCAGUUCACUGCCCGGUGAUCAAGUUCAGUCCGGCCGCUCUGUGCCCCUGGAGCCGCCCUCUGCAGCCCUGGGAGACGUGGAUGUGCUGGUGUCUAUACGCCGUGGGGUGAGGCUCCGCAAGGCAGUGACUGACGACAGGUCGGCGCCCAGGAUCCUGCGGUAGCUGGCGUGAGAAGACGACUGUGGUGCAGCAACUGUGGUGUCCUUAUUAACAAACUGAAGCUACAUAAUGAAAUGCAACAGCACUCAUGUAAUACAUGAACAGAGACUCAGUGACUGAGUGGACUUCAUAUGCGGUGAAUGAAGGCCAGUUGAUAGAGGAAAUGUACAGAGGAUGAAAAUGAAUGACCAUGGACAAUGUCAUGUCAUGUCAUGUCAUGUAUGUAUGUAUUGUGUACGUACGAAGUACCCAUAUUUUUGGUUGUAUUAUUCUUUUAUUUGUCUGUGGGCUUUGUGGCUGUGCUUCUCUGUUCCCUCAGCCGAGGUUGUCCCUUUAGACCCAGUGACCAGAAAAUCACUACUGUAGGGAUUGAGUGCUCUGUGUCUUUAUUCUUCCUCUUAUGAUUCUUAUUGUGCAUUUCUUAAUUAACACAGCCACCUGUCAGUGGGAAGUGAUGGGCUGAAGUGCUCUGUGAGCCAGUCUGCGUGUUGUGUUUCAUCAUUGCUGUACAUGUACCGUAUUACUGUUUUGUUUCAUAAGCUGAACACCAACUGUUUAAGUCGUGUAAAAUAGGAGCAAUAUGGCAGUGUUUUUAUUGCCGUACUGUACUGUCAAUAUAUUCUGCAAUUAAACAG